GUCAUUCGCGGUAUUAUCAGCGAAGUGUGCACAAGUGCAGACGUGCGUGUGUCCGGCUUGAGGUACGAUCGGUUUAGUUGUGUUGCAUCGCUCUUCAGCAAUUGCCUAGUAUGUCCAUACCGAGAAGAUUGUCCAGCGCAUUCACACCUCUGAGUGCCAUCGAGGAAGUCACCGAAUCAAACGCCAUGGCUGAUGGAGCAAUUUCAAUAAAGCUAGCCAUACACGACGGCAAUCAAGGCGACGGAGCUCUCUAUCGAUUGAAAAAGAACUCGCUAGUGCAUGUGCAUCCGGGUGCCUCGCUGCUGGGACGUCGCGUUGCACUGUACUGCAACUAUCCAGCGGAUGAUAAAGAUUUUUGCCGAAAAACGUACAGACGGCUGGAAUGGUGUUCAGCCGCGGGGUCACCACUUGAAUCGAACGGUUCCGAGUACACCACGAUAAAGGACGUUGAUUACUACUGCAAUGUACACUUGACCAAAUCCGGAGCUUAUCACUUCUACGCCCUCUACGAAGAGUGUCCCGAGGCUGGAGCUCAGGCUGGUCUGUAUGUACAGAUCGAACCACAGUUGUCUGUGGGAACGGGUGAUGCGGUCACAUCGCUACCACUCGAUGCAAUCCGUUGUCAGACGGUGAUUUCGAAGCUGCUCGGCCCAUUGGACACGUGGGAAUCGAAGUUGCGGGUGGCCAAGGAAUCCGGCUACAAUAUGGUACACUUUACACCCGUCCAGGAGUUGGGUGGAUCGCGUUCGGCCUACUCUUUGCGGAACCAGCUGAAGGUGAACCCAGACUUCCAGAACAAAGGUGGAAAGGAGGUGACGUACGAUGAUCUGGCAGUGAUUAUGAGGAAAAUGCGUGAAGAGUGGAAUGUUCUGUCGAUCUGUGACAUUGUGCUGAACCACACGGCCAACGAGUCGAUCUGGAUCCGGGAGUAUCCGGAGUGUAGCUACAACUGCUUCACCUGUCCCCAUCUGCGGCCAGCGUUUUUGCUCGAUGCAAUGUUGGCUCGUGUCGGAGAGGACGUUAAGGAUGGUAUGCUCGCGCACGUGGGCGUACCGGAGGUAGUUGAAACAGAAGAUCAUCUGCAGGCGAUCCGCUGGCAGAUCCAUUCAAACUACUUUCCCCAGGUGAAGCUACACGAGCUCUAUCAGUGCGAUGUGGACAAGUAUCUGUCGCGGUUCAACGACGAGUGUAGCAAGCGAAGUCCAAGCCGUGCCCAAGAUGUUCCCGAAGGUGACAUUAAGCUUCGAAUUGAUUCGGAAUAUCGUCGACUCGGUGCGGAAAUUGAUUUCGAACGGGCGAUGAGUAUCUACAAUGUGUUCCGACAGGACUGUUUCGAUGAGGACAGUCGCAAGCGCAAGUGUGCCGAAGUGUUCCGUGCCCGGCUGCAGUAUCUGAACGAGGAAGUUCGCCGAGAAAUUCAAGAGCAUCUUGACUACGCCGUUGACAACUGUCUGGCCGGAACGCGCUAUGAACGCGUGCAGGCUGACGGUCCGCAGGUGAAGGGAAUUUCGGUAAAGUAUCCCUUGUUUAUGAAAUACUUCACUCACUACGGAACGCAGGGAAAAUCGCUCAAGGAUAUCGAGCACAUGAUGUACACUGGGGCUGGCAAGUUGUUCAUGGCACACAACGGAUGGGUGAUGAAUGGUGAUCCAUUGAAGGAUUUCGCCCGAGCACAACCGGGCACGGGUAACGUUUAUUUGCGCCGUGAAUUGAUUGCUUGGGGAGACAGCGUGAAACUGCGGUAUGGCGACAAACCGGAGGAUAGUCCGUAUCUGUGGAAACACAUGCAGGAGUACGUCGACACAACGGCGCGCAUUUUCGACGGAGUGCGUUUGGACAAUUGUCACUCGACACCGCUACACGUGGCGGAAUAUUUGCUGGAUUCGGCACGCAAAGUCAACCCGGAGCUGUACGUGGCGGCCGAGCUGUUUACAAACUCCGACCACACGGACAACAUCUUUGUGAAUCGUCUUGGCAUUACAUCACUGAUUCGAGAGGCUCUCUCGGCUUGGGACUCGCACGAGCAAGGUCGAUUGGUGUAUCGUUACGGUGGGGCGCCGGUCGGUGCAUUCUUCCCCUGCCCGAAGCGUAUCCUAGCACCAACGAUCGCGCACGCCCUGUUCAUGGAUCUAACGCACGACAAUCCGUCGCCGGUUGAGAAGCGCUCGAUCUUCGAUCUGAUUCCUUCCGCGGCGCUCGUGUCGAUGGCAUGCUGUGCUACGGGCAGCAAUCGUGGCUAUGAUGAGUUCGUUCCACACCACGUUCAUGUGGUGGACGAAGAGCGCCAGUAUCAGGAGUGGGGCAAUCAGGUCAAGAAGAACACGGGACUGAUCGCGGUGAAGGAGGCACUGAACGUACUGCACGGUGGACUUGCAACGCACGGCUUCGAUCAGGUGUUUGUGGAUCAGAUGCAUCCGGACAUUGUGGCCAUAACGCGCCAUUCACUGUCCAAUCAUGAGACGGUUAUUCUUGUCGCCCAUACUGCCUUUAACUAUCCCAACCCGUGGGCCGGACCGACCGGUGUGCGUCCUUUGGAGUUUGAAGGAGAGUUCAAGGAGAUCGUUCUCGAGGUACAGAUCUACAAGAAAACUGGUCAAACGUUUGAUCGACCGACUGAUUUCGUGAAAAAUGUGGAUUACAUUAACGGAGUCAAUGAGUAUGUGGUGGAUCUGAAGCGCAAUCUGAAGCUGGAAGAGUCGGACAUCUUCGGCAAGGAAGCGGUCGUGAAGGGUAAUGUGACUCAGCUUCACUUUACGAAUUUGAAACCGGGCUCCGUUGUUGCGGUACGAGUUGCUUUGAAGGAGAGCGUCCGAGUGCACUUUGACAAUCUGCAGUCGCUGGUCCGGGAGUUCCAUCACGAUCGGGGUUCACGGUAUGCCGAGUUGCAGCACAUCCUGUCGAAGCUGGACCUGGUGGACUUUAACAAAUUGCUGUACUGCUGUGCCGAGGAAGAGCGCGAUAAUGGCGGAGGUCCGUACCAUAUCGAUGGCUACGGAGAUCUUGUUUACUGCGGACUGCAGGGCGUAAUGUCAAUUUUGUCCGAAAUUGGACCGAACAACGAUCUGGGACAUCCGUUCGCCAACAAUCUGCGCAAUGGCAAUUGGUUGAUUGAUUACUGUUCCCAGCGUUUGGUAAAGUACGAAAAGCUGGUACCCAUGUCCAAGUGGCUAGAAAACAAUCUGAAAUCACUAAAGGAAAUUCCUCGCUACAUGAUACCGUCUUACUUCGACGUGAUCAUCACGAACGUCCAUCGGUUGACGAUUGCGGCUGCGUGCAAUUUGAUGUCGGACUUUGUGCGUCAUGGGUCCAACUUUGCUCGCCGCCUUGCACUUGGAUCGGUACAGUGUGUGAGCAUUUGUCCGUCGGCAAACCUGCCCAAGCUAAGCCCUAACGUGGCCGAUCCUAAGCCACCGAGCCAUUGUGCAACAAUGGCGGCCGGUUUGCCGCACUUUGCAACGGGAUACAUGCGCUGCUGGGGUCGGGACACGUUCAUUGCUAUUCGUGGACUGACGCUGUUGACUGGCCGUUACGAUGAGACACGGUACAUGAUACUCGGAUUUGGUGGUUGCUUGAGACACGGAUUGAUCCCGAAUCUGCUGGACGGAGGACAGAAUGCCCGGUUCAACUGUCGCGAUGCGAUUUGGUGGUGGCUGUACACGAUCAAACAGUACGCAGAGGAAGUACCGAACGGCAAGAGUAUUCUCAAAGACAAAGUAUCGCGCCUUUAUCCGACCGAUGACUCCGAGGCAAAGGCGCCUGGGGAAUCUGAUCAACUGCUAUAUGAAACGAUCCAGGAAGCUCUGACGAUACACUUCCAAGGGUUGGCGUACCGCGAACGUAACGCCGGCACACGCAUCGAUGCGCACAUGAAGGAGAAGGGCUUCAACAAUCGUAUCGGAGUGAAUCCGGAUACGGGUUUUGUGUUCGGUGGCAAUAACGCGAACUGUGGCACCUGGAUGGAUAAAAUGGGAUCAUCGGACAAGGCUGGCAAUCGGGGCGUUCCUUCGACUCCGCGUGAUGGUUCCGCCGUCGAACUGGUCGGUCUGCAGAUGGCCGGAUUGCGAUUCAUGCAACAGAUGGCCGAACAGAAAGUCAUCCCCGUAUCUUCGGUCGAGCGCACCUCUUACAAUGGCACCAAAACGGUGUGGACGUACAAGGAGUGGGCGAACAAGAUUGCGGCAAAUUUCGAAAAAGAGUUUUACGUCGACGAAUCCUCCGAAAGCUCGUACAUUAACAAGCGAGGCAUCUACAAGGAUACGGUUGGUUCGGAAAUACCGUGGACCGAUUAUCAGUUGCGCUGUAACUUCCCGAUCGCACUGCUAGCUGCUCCUGAGCUGGCGGAUCCGAAACACGCCUGGCGUGCGCUGGAAAACGCCAAAAAGUAUCUACUGGGUCCGUUGGGUAUGAAAACACUGGACUACGAGGACUGGGGCUACCGCGGCAACUAUGACAAUUCCAUCGACAGUGACGACAAAACGGUCUCUCACGGUGCAAACUAUCACAACGGCCCGGAAUGGGUGUGGCCUAUCGGAUUCUAUCUGCGAGCACGAUUGAUUUUUGCCAAGGCAAAUGGUGUGCUGAAGGAGACGGUCGCUGAAACGUGGAAGAUUCUGCAGACGCAUCUGAACGAGCUGCAGCGUUGUCACUGGCGUGGGUUGGCUGAACUUACGAACGAAAAUGGCGCUUACUGUAAGGAUUCGUGUCGAACGCAGGCCUGGAGUAUGGGCUGUGUGCUGGAAGUGUUGUACGAUCUGGAAAAGUACGAAAAGGAGCUUUAAGUGUCAGCCAUCGUAACCCAUGACACGUUACU